AUGAGGGGGCUCCGUGCCUGCUACCACCUCCUGCCCGAGCAGGACGAGGAGCAGCCCAUGGGAUGCGGGGAGCCGGCCGGAGAGGGGCAGCCAGGCUGGGAGGGAGCCCCAGCAGCGACCCCGGCCCUGGAGGAGCCGUGCAGGCUGGUGCUGAGCACGCCGAGCAGCAUCCUGCAGGACAGGGAGGUCCAGGAGCUGGGCCCCCACCUGCCCCCCCGGCUGAUGGAGCAGCCCUGGAGCCUGCUGUACUGCACCAGGCGGGACGGCUUCAGCCUGCUGACCCUGUACCGGUGCGGGGCCCAGCCUGGCCGCCCCGCGCUGCUGCUCAUCAGGGACACGGAGGCGCAGGUGUUCAGGUGGACCGGCAGGAACAACUUCUUCGUGAAAGGGGACGCGGACCUGCUGAUGGUCGGUGGCGGCAGCGGUAGAUUUGGGCUGUGGCUGGACGGAGACCUGCACCACGGGGGCAGCCACCCCUGCGAGACCUUCGGCAAUGAGACCCUCUCGCCGCGGGAGGAGUUCUGCGUCCAGGACCUGGAAGUGUGGUGCCCGGCCUGA